GAGGGAUGCUGGGAGAACGGGGAGGACCGGGAGCGCUGCUGGGACUGGGAGCGCUGGGAGAUACUGGGAGCAGUGCGGGGACAGGGAGUCUUGAGGGGCUGGGAGCGCUGGAGAGAGACGGAGAGCGUUAGGGAAGGCUGGGACACGGGGCACUGGGAGUGCUGGGGAGAAGACUGGGAGCAUUACAGAGGGACUGGGAGCACUAGGGGAGGCUGGGAGCACUGGGAGCACUGGAGACGCUGGGGGCACAGGGAAGUGGAGGGAAGCUGGGAAGACUGGGAGCAUGGGGAGCUGGCAGGGACAGCACUGGGAACAUUUGUGGGGACUGGGAGUGCUGGAGGAGGACUGGGAGUGGUGUGGGGACUGGGAGUACCAGAGGAAACAGACUCAGGGGACUGGGAGCACUGGAAGAACUGGUGGCACUGGAAGGACUGGUGACACUGGGAUAAUAAGGGACUGUGGCACCACAGGCCUGGAAGCGACUGGGAGCUCUGGGAUCAGGCUAUCAGCACUGGGAGAAGAGGGGGCUGGGAGCAGCAGGCCUUGGGAGCAUGGGGACAUAGUGGGGACACUGGGGUGGCACGGGGAGGGGGCAGUGACCCCAGCACCCUUCCAGCACGACGUGGAGCUGACAGACCCGCGUGGCCGGACGCCCCUGGAGCUGGCCGUGUCUCUGGGCCACCUGGAGUCGGUGCGGGUGCUGCUGCGGCACAACGCCAAUGUGGGCCGGGAGAACGCCAACGGAUGGACGGUGCUGCAGGAGGCGGUGAGCACGGGGGACCCCGAGAUGGUGCAGCUGGUGCUCCAGUACCGUGACUACCAGCGGGCGACGCGGCGCCUGGCCGGCAUCCCCGAGCUGCUCAGCAAACUGCGGCGGGCAUCCGACUUCUACGUGGAGAUGAAGUGGGAGUUCACGAGCUGGGUGCCCCUGGUGUCCAAGGUGUGUCCCAGUGACGUGUACCGCGUGUGGAAGCGCGGGGAGAGCCUGCGGGUGGACACCACCCUGCUGGGCUUCGAGCACAUGACGUGGCAGCGCGGCCGCCGCAGCUACAUCUUCAAGGGGGAAGACGAGGGGGCUGUGGUGAUGGAGGUGGACCACGACAAGCAGGUGGUGUACACAGAGACGCUGGCGCUGGCCCUGCACGAGCCCGAGCUGCUGCUGGCGGCCAUGCAGCCCACCGAGGAGCACGUGGCCGGCCGGCUCACCUCGCCCAUCGUCUCCACGCACCUGGACACUCGGAACAUCGCCUUCGAGAGGAACAAGUCUGGGAUCUGGGGCUGGCGCUCGGAGAAGAUGGAGGUGGUCAGUGGCUACGAGGCCAAGGUGUACAGUGCCAGCAACGUGGAGCUGGUCACCAAGACCAGGACGGAGCAUCUCUCUGACCAGGACAAAUCACGCAGCAAAGGCUCCAAGACCCCCUUCCACUCCUUCCUGGGCAUCGCACAGCAGCAUGGCACCCACAACGGGGCACCUGUCCUGCAGGCUGCCAGCCCCACCAACCCCACGGCCAUCACCCCCGAGGAGUAUUUCGACCCCCACUUCGACCUGGAGACCCGCAACAUCGGGCGCCCCAUCGAGAUGUCCAGCAAGGUGCAGAGGUUCAAGGCGACGCUGUGGCUCUGUGAGCAGCACCCGCUGUCGCUGGCGGAGCAGGUGACGCCCAUCAUCGACCUCAUGGCCAUCUCCAACGCUCACUUUGCUAAACUGCGCGACUUCAUCACCCUCAAGCUGCCCCCUGGCUUCCCCGUCAAGAUCGAGAUCCCCCUGUUCCACGUGCUCAACGCCCGCAUCACCUUCAGCAACCUGUGCGGGUGCGACCAGCCCCUAGGCUCCGUGCGGAUCUGUGCCCCUCAGGAGCCCUCCGGCACUCACCCCGCUGGCACCCAGCCCUCGGGGCCCAGAGCAUGGCCGUUCCCGUGUGAGGUGGAGGCGGGCGUGUUCGAGGUGCCAGCGGGGUACACGGUGCUGGGCGCAGGGCGCAGCGAGCCCCUGCGGGACGAGGACGACGACCUGCUGCAGUUCGCCAUCCAGCAGAGCCUGCUGGAUGCUGGCACCGAGACCGACCAGGUGACCAUCUGGGAGGCGCUGACCAACACCCGCCCCGGCGCGGAGCCGCCUCCCUACGAUGAGGACCUGCAGCUGGAAAGGGCCCUGCAGGAGAGCAUGCUGCUGCAGGCCGGGCCCAGUGCCGAGCCCCCGGCCGUUGGGAGCCCCCCCGGAGCGGGUGGUGGGAGCCCACCGGGCCCCGCCGGGUACGGCAGCUUCGCGGAGCAGCUGCGCCUGGCCAUGGCGCUGUCGGAGCGCGAGCAGGAGGAGCGGGAGCGGCGGCGGCAGGAGGAGGACGAGGAGCUCCAGCGCAUCCUGCGCCUUUCCCUCACCGAGAAGUAGCGCCUCAGGGCGCUCCACACCGGCACAGGGACGUCCCACGCGGGGACGGGGGUGUCCCGUGUGGGGUCACCCCACGCACGGACACGGAUGUCCCGCGUGGGGACACCACUUGCAGGGAUAGGGACACCCCACCCAGGGGACACCCCGGUUUGGGCACUGUCCCACACCAGGGUGCCCCAGCGCGGGCACAGCCCUGCCUGGGGAACAGCUGGUGCCGGGAUGGCCCCCCCGUGAUGGGGACCCCCCUGAUGUGGGCACAGCUCCUGCACAGGGGAUCUGAUCCAGGGAUCCUCCUACCCCCGGGACCCCCAAUCCAGAGCUCUUCUCCCAUCAGGCUCAAACCUCAGCCCAGGGACCCUCACCUGGGGACUGCCCCUCCAGGGAUACCCCUGUGCCCAGGACCCCUCCCUAGGGACCCCCCUCCUCUUUGGUGUUGUACUGUGACCCCACGGGGGGCAGGAAGGACCCGGGGGUCCCCGUGGGAUGCAGGUGGCUCCUAUUUUACGGCACUGAAGUGUGGGGGGGACUUCUGGGGGACCCCCAGGCCUCGUCCUUUGAGGCAGUGGGGGUGCAGGGGGGCCCCGAAUGUCUGUACAUAUACAUAUACAUAUAUUAUAUAUAUAUAUAUACA